AUGGCUCUCAUAACAUCCCAAACCCUCAUCACGUCCAUAUCGCUCUUCCACAUCACCCUGGGCUUCUUCUUCCUCACAAAUCCCAGCACUAUCAACGACCAAAUCCUCGUCCAAGUCCUCGGCCAAAGCAUGGGAAUCCCCUUUGCGCGCGGCUUCGACGCACAAUCCCACACCCUCAGCUUUCUAGCCGUCGUCCUCGCCUUCUUUGGCUUCAGCGACCUCCUCUCGCUGGGUAUGCCCGAGGAGCUAGGCUCCCUGUACUACUGGGGAACACAAGGUACUCUUUCCCGCCAACCGUACUCACACCAAGGAGUUGCUAACGGAUUCCCAGCCCCCAUGCGAGCCUUCCUCUCCAUGACACUCACCUUCUACACCUACACGUUCGGCCCGUCAUCCCCUCUCUACGGCGGCGCAACGCACCGCACCCGCGGCGGUUACAACGCUUCAUACUCGGCCGCCUCGUGGGGCGGUGACGGUCUCAAGAACCGCGUCUUCUUCACAUUUGUGUUCAUUGAGAUGAUUGCCUGGUUUUGGGUAUGGGUUACGCUGAGGGAGGAAAAGGCCGGCGUGGUGGAGAGGAUGAGAACGGGUGCUGCGGCCAAGAGACGCACGCACGAGGAAUGA